GCUGAUCCCGUGUGUAGCGUGUCAGUUGCCAUUUUGUGACCCGCUUCGAAUGGACUAAAUUUCAUAUUUCACACCGGCCCUGGAGAAAAAUUACAGAUUGACCAGACGCGCGGAAUUUCCAUGACGAUAUGCGUUGCCCCCAGUGUUUUGAUGAAGUCGGUACUGAAUCCGAUCUGCAGAACCAUUAUUUGAGCUGUAGAGGAGUAUUGUCGGGGGACAGUGGAUCAGCUCCUGAAGUCGUCUUGAGAUGGUACAAGACUGUACUGACUGAAGAAGACACAUCAGAGGUGUUUCUACUAAAUACAUUUGGAAAGGGUGACCCGGUGCAACUGAAGUGGACUCCGGAAGAGGCUCAUUAUCAGUCAGAGUCGGUUGUCGUGCCGAUAGGACACCAUCAAUGUCAGUUAGUUGUCGGUGAAGAUAUUUAUCAACUCAAAAAAUUUUCUAUUAAAGCAGCAACCAAAGAAAUCACUUUAAUGAUAAGAAAUG